ACGCAGUAUUCUUUUACUAAAAAAUGGGUACACGUGUAGUGGUUGCUAUAGGGAUUCGCUCAUUCGCAUAUGCUAACCGAGCAAGUCCCAAAAUUAUCACAAAUGAUGUUUGGCCUCAACAAAUUGGGUCAUUGAAAACUAAUACAGUUCUUCAAUAUGAUUCCAAUUAUCAAAAUGUUAUUAAAUGGGGAAAUCCUGCUUUGGCCCAAAAGCAAACUCGUAAAACUAAAAAUUUAUCCGUUUCAAAAUCUGUAGAACUUUUUAAACUUCAUUUAGGAAAUCUUCCUCAAAAUGAAAAACCCCCGCUUCCUCAUCAAUUAAGUUGUGAAAAAGCAAUAAGUGAUUAUUUACGUGAAUCAGGAAAGUUGAUAAAAGAAACUAUUUCUACUCGAUGGCAUGGUUUAAAAUUCUUUGAACACGUUCUUCUUGUUAUAAGUAUUCCCACAGAGUUUGAUGAUCGUGCAAAAGAUACUAUGAGAAAGUGUCUUUAUAAUGCUGGAUUGACGAACAGUAAAGAAUCAAAUAAAAUUGAAUUUACAACUGAACCUGAAGCUGCUGCAAUUUAUUGCAUGCGAAAUCUUGAAGAACAAAAUAAACAAAAUAAACAAAAUAAAAGAUUGGUCCCAGUUAAUUCAUCAUUCAUGGUGGUUGAUUGUGGAGGUGGAACUGUUGAUCUUACAACACGUAAAUUAUUAAGAGAUAACAAACUUAGUGAAAUUACUGAACGAACUGGAGAUUUUUGUGGUGGAUCUUAUGUUGAUCGAGAAUUUAUUAAAUUUCUUAGUCGUAAACUUGGUCGAGCGACCAUAAACCUGCUUACAGAAAAUAAUUAUGGUCAAUUGCAAUAUAUGAUACAGCAAUUCUGUUCAAAAUUAAAAUUCCAUUUUACGGGCAAUCCAGUUGGUUUUGAACCUUUUGAAUUUGAUAUUGAAGAAAUAUGUCCCAUUUUGAAACAAUAUUGUAAUGAUGAAAUUAAAGAAAAAAUGGAAGACGACGAUUGGAUUAUUUACAUAGAAUUUGAAGAUCUAAAAUCUAUGUUUGAUCCAGCUAUUGGAAAAAUUAUUAGACUAAUUCGUGGACAGCUUAGUUCUAGUAAUGAAGUAUGCAACGCUAUAUUCCUUGUGGGAGGAUUUAGCGAAUCAAAAUAUUUACAAAUGAGAGUUAAAGAAGAAUUCGGACCACCAAUUAUUGUGCCAAGGCAACCUAUCGCGGCUGUUGUUCGUGGGGCUUGCGACUAUGGACUUAAAAUGAGUACGAUAGUAGAUCGUACUUUGAAAUAUACUUAUGGAAUUAAAGUAGCUAGAUACCGGAGAGCAGGAGAUCCAAAAAGUCAAAUAGUACCAGAAGCUCAAUAUUUGACUUAUGAGUUUGAUAGGUUAGUAACGCGUGGUACAAAAGUAGGAGUUGAUGAGAAAUUUUCCGAUACUUAUAUUCCUCCUGAUCCAAAACAAAAAUCUAUUUCAUUUCCAAUAUAUACAACAACUGAAUUAAAUGCCAAAUUUUGUAAUGAACCUGGUAUGAGAUAUCAUGGUGAAUUACAAAUAAAAUUACCAGAUGUUCAUCUUGGAAAAAGCCGUAAAAUUGAAUUUUCGUUAAUUUUUGGAAAACUGGAACUUGUUGCUAAAGCAAGAAAUGUUAAUACUGGAAAAAGCUAUGAAACUAUAUUCGAAUUAGAUUUUUAAUUUAAUACAUAGCAUCAUGAAUUUUUAUUUGUGUCACAUGAAAAUAAAAUUAAUGAUUUACUAUAUGGUAAAAAUGAAAGCGACGAAUACUCUUUAAUAGUGACAUACAAUCUAAUCGGAAUGUCUGAUCAAUAUUAUUAUUUGGACGAGCUGUCCUAAAGUUCCAUUUUAAAUUCUGUAUGCAGCAAGAGUAUAACUUCAAUUUUUAUGAGUUAACACUCGCUAAACUAAGUGAUAA